AGUGAUGUGGGAAGUUUCAUGAGAUUGAGUGUUAAUGUUAUUAUAUAUUUAUUAUUAAUAGUAUGAAAUUUAUCAAGCAAACAGUGUCUAUAGAUUAAAGUAAGCACCUAAUUACAGGAUCUACUGUUAUACAAAGGUCAAAUAUACAUAAAUUAAAUUUAGAUGUCCUGUAAACUUGAAAAGUUACUGGCGAUAAAUGAUUUGAGGGCUGUUAAAAGGGUUUUAAAUCUUGGACUAGGUGGUCCAAGUGAAAAAACUUCGACAUUAGAUGAUGAUGAAUGGAAAAAUACCUGGGAAUGGGGGGAUGCAGAAGAAGAAGGUACAGAUCAAGAAAAUAGAAGUACAGAAGAUCAAGCAUGGCUGCAGCAGUGUGUGGUUGGGAUGUCUCCUGGUGCUGACCUCUUAGUAUUAGCAGCCAAUCAGUAUGCUGCUUUCUUAACACGAAAAUGGGAUUUCAAUGAAGAAAGUGAACUCAAAAUGAAAUUCUAUUUGUCUGAGGGGGAGAUGUUAGCUCAUGCAGAUGGGGAAGAAAUUACUGCAAUCUUGUGUCUACCUCUGGCAUCACAGAAAAGAAGUGCCCAGGGAGAACCAGACUGGACCUGUAUCAUCAUAGGAUUUAGUUCAGGUUAUUUGAGAAUGUAUACAGAGAAAGCUGAACUUCUGCUAUCACAGUUAUUACAUGAAGAACCUGUAAGACAAUUAAAAUUCCAGACCUAUAGCCCAUCUCGUUACAGAGAAUUUACAGAACAGCUAGAUGACUUGGUUAUAGUCUAUUCAUCUGCUGUAGUCAGCGUAGAAGGCUUUAGCUUGUUCCAGACUUUAAGAGCUUGUCGAAAUCAGCUUGCAAGAGCUACAGCUGGCAAGUGGGAAACAGUGGAUCCACCACCUCUAACCUAUAAGAAAUGGGGCUUCCAAGAUCAAAAGGAACUCUCAGAUUGUGAACAUGUUGGAGGAGUGACCCCUUCUUCAUUUGACCAGAUGGUGGGAGAGUCAAUUCAGCGAGGACCACAUGGGACUAUUAAAUCCAUAAUUCCAGCCUCAACUCUUCUAGUAACUGUUGGUCUAGAACCAUAUAUUGGUUUUUUCUAUGCUUCAGAGGGAACAGUUCAACCUAUAUUAUCUGAAAUGGCCAUGGCAGUUGCAAGCAAGUUGAAAACAUUUCUAACAGGUGGACUACUUGGGUUUAGAGGGCGAACCCAGCAAGAAGAUUCUCACCAUCCAUCUAUUGAACCAGCAACACCUGUACCUAUGAAAUAUGGAAUAUAUGAUAAAAGACGCCAGGGAGGACGAAUUGUACUAUCUCCCAACAAAACUAUGGCAGCCAUUACGGAUGGUUUUGGUCGUGUUAUUCUUUUUGAUAUUCUCAAAGCUAUAGCAGUAAGGAUGUGGAAAGGUUACCGUGAUGCUCAGUGUGGGUGGAUAGAAACUGUAGAUGAAAGUACCCAUCCUGAACACAGAGAAGGACAAACAUCCAAGAGAGCUUAUUUUCUUGUCAUUUAUGCUCCACGAAGAGGUAUUGUAGAGAUUUGGUGUUCCCAACAAGGUCCUCGUGUUGGAGCUUUUAACGUUGGGAAGUCUGGAAGACUUUUAUAUUCCAAUUACGCUAUGAUGGGGUUGAACAAUGCAACAGCUCACAGUUGUAAACCCAUGAUUUAUCCCUGUUGCUUACUUGAUGCUGAUGGGAACAUCUGUUCUUUUGCUGUCCCAUUUCACUGUGCUCUUAGUGGGAGAAACAGCAAAAAAGCAAGAGAUUUACAUCUUCUGAAAGAUCUCAGGACAUUGUUGAAAGAUUCUGAUCUCAACCAAGAUAAAUUGGUUUCUGAAAUUAAAAAAAUCUUGUUGGAUUUGAAGACUGCCAGUAUUCGACAGCAGGCUGUAGAAAUCAUUCUGCACAACAAGUUUGUAACUAGUGAAUUUAUCAGUGAGAUAGUUUCCACUUUACACAGUUAUCUUCAGAACCAAGACCCAGAGAAGUUAGAUUUUGAAAGUAAAGUGCUGCUUCAGAUGUGUUGGCGAAUCAAACAGUUAGUGGCUUUGUAUAGAAUUGUGGAAGGUAUCAAUAAUAAACAAACAGAAAAAUCUCCAGUUUGUGAUGAAGAAACUGAACCAAGAGAUGUUCAGCUUUUUUCAUCAGUGUUCAACUUAACAGAAUCUGAAGUAGGGAAUUUGGUUUCACUUGCUUCUGUUCAUCAGACUUCAAGCUAUUCCAUGGGUAAACAUGUAACCUUUGCUGACAACCAAGAGAUUCUUAUGACUUUGUCAAAAUUUCUGAGGUUGUUUCAGCUUAGUUACUCUCAUUUGGUUAAAGAAGAUAUCACUGAGAACGGCUCAUCAGUGUUACCCAUUACGGUGCAUCCUGCAUGUUCUGAAUCUGACUUUAAAAAAAUAGGUGACUUCUUGUUUCAUGCUGUUAUACAAUCGAAAGAAACUUCCGACACCAUACUACAUGAUGCAUUAAAGAAAAGUGGCAUUGUACCCAAAAAACUACUGGAAAUCCUCCUUAUAUAUUGGUUAUCUCACACAACUAGCCUAAACAAAUGGAAACAAUGGCUUGUUUUCCAAGACCUCCUUAAGCAUAUUACAUCUCAUGCAGUGUCUUUAGAUGAAAGCUUGUUGUGUGGUGAUGGAGAAAGUGAACCUAUCUGGUGGAAAACUGUAAAGAGUCUCCUCUGUGAAUCCACUAACAGUCUGUCAGCUUACACAGCAGCCAUCAUUGCCCAGUCUGUAGCCAUUACUUUAGCACUUGGAAACAACCACAAGCUGGCAAGCAAUCCUCCUUCAUUGGCCUCUAUUUCAAUGGAGCAAUUAGCUUCAGCAACACAAUUAGACAAUGAGAAUGUAAGUCAGGAAGUCAGGCAGGAUGAAACUAAUCUGAGUGAUAUUCAGGAAAUCCAAGGGAUCUGUGUGGAUAAAGACCAUACAGACAAUGGGGAUAGUGAAUGGGAAUCUAUAUCUUUAAACACAGAAAGAUGGCACUUUCUAGUUACUCAGCUGGAAGAUGUGUUUGUCCUCAGCAUGCUCUUGAACCUCCUACCAAAUGUACCAAAGUUUGAAGUUUCAUUGUCAUCACUGUUAAACAGUGGCCAAGGUGCUGUGACAGAGCUUGUGGCUAAAUGGGCUGUAACAGCUUCUAUUGAUCCAGAUCUGCUAACUGUGUAUAGUGGGAGAGACGAGGAGGCUACUCCAUCAUUUCAGUUUGACGGAUUUGAAAAUUUGGACAAAGAAAGGAAAGGUUACGGUUUUAAUUUGUUGAAAGGGCUACUAAGUCAAGUUAGACGAAGGUAUCCUCGAAGCCUAGAGCCAGACUUGGUACUGAUUAAUUGUGCCUGGGAGCACUUGGUUCAGUGGAACACAGACAGAGACGCUGUUCAGCAUCUGAUAGGAACAAUACAGUGUCUCUCACGAGUUAACUCUGCUACGCUUUGUAAUGGUGUUGGGUGUAUGAUGUGGAAGACAUUCCUUAUGAAAAAGUUUGAGGCUUUGGCAAAAUUAAUGGAGAAGGUUGGAAAGCCUCCCAAAGAAAGACUUUGUAGAAAGGAAUUGAAAAUGAGUGACAUAUAUAUUGAAAAGUUUCUAGACUUCUGUUGUCAAUUGUUGUGUCAUGUUUUAGAGACAAACAUGGUUUCUGAAUCUGAGCCUGUCCCCUUGUUUCCUGUAGAAGAACUUCUUCAGGGUCAAGAAAUCCAUGGUCAGACUCCAUUAGUAACCCUUGCCCUUGGUCAGAAAUCUUCUAAUUAUAAAUUGGUUGACCAUCACCUCCAUUUAGCUACAGCCAUGUUAAUGGUCAUUAGCUUCCAACUUAAGUCUGUUAGAAUUCUGUCCAUGUAUGAUACUAUGGGAAGAAAUGCCUUUUUUCAUGAACUUAAUGGCAGUCAUUCAAUGAAAUUAAAUACAGAGGUGAUUGACACACAAUUAAUGAGGGCUCGAACUCAUUUCUUGCUUCGAGUAACUUCUGCCAUUGCUGAAAGUGUUCCAGAAUCCAUACCAGAUAACAUGUCAUUUCCAGUAUCGUUGAGACUUUCCAGAACUAGCAGUCACUCUGGAAUAUGCAUGAGUUCUCCUGGGCAAUCUCAUGCGAGUCGCUGGUUUGGUCGAACAUUAGACCUAGCACGAGGUUGGAGAGUUAAUGUAGAUGAAGUGAGAAGACAUUAUGUUUGUGAACUAUACUCUGGGGGAUACGACUCUCUUGCUGAGGAAGCCAUGACAGCUGUCACUGACCGUGUGUUACUAGGAUCACAACUGCUCCUUUUGGCUGGUCAGAGAGUGAGACAUGCAAUUAUUGGACUCACGGACACAGCAGAGAAGUUGGCUCAAUUAUCCCCAACACUGUCCUCUUGGCUAAAAUCACUGGAUGCAGAGGGAUUACGUUGCACCAACCCACCUCUUCAAAAUACAGCCUUUCUUGUUAGUCAUGUGAUCAAUUGCCUACCAGAGAAUCACAGUGAACAGGAAAUUGCUAUUAGUUUGUUAGAAACCAUUCAGAGUAUGACAGAACUGAACAAUAUCAACUCUUGAUGCUUUUCUACAUCAACUUUAUCAUGUAAAUUUAAGCAGUGCUUUCUGACCUGUGCUGUAAAAUUUCACACUUCCAUGUUGAACACUGGAGUCUUCAGGAAGAAGGCUGGGUGGUUGAUCAGUCAGCAAGACGUGAGACACCUGGAGAAACUCGCAUAAACUAGAUUCACUCGUCUUAAUCUCGGACUGGAGUUUCUGGAUGAAGAAUGAUAACAAUGUAUCUUUUAUCUUGUAUGAGAAAUACCAUAAAAUGAUCUAGCUCCUUUGAAAUCCAA